UUGCAAACGUCAAAUCCAAAUCAACAACGGAUCUUUCUUUACAUGGGAAACUUUCUACAUUUUCAGUGUUUGAAAUUCCUGAAUGAUUUGAAACCAUGUUUGGAUCGAUAGUUUCAUCCCGUAUGAGACACAAGCUCUUUCUUGCAUCAUCUACACUCCCUACAGACGAUUCCCAAGCAUCGAAUACAGCAUUUCUGUCUCCGUAUUUGAUCUUGGGAUGUGGAGUUGGGAUGGUCACUUUUCCAUCUUGCCUCGGACUCAUGCAGGUGUUGGUGUUCCGUCCUUUGCGUCUGACCUGCGCAUUGUGGGGAGCCAGUGUGUUGGGACUUGUGUCAGUUGGUUUGUCUGGAACAGUGGCAUCUACAUGUGCAAUGCACAUCUUCAAAUUCAACAUGGGUCUUGGCUCUUCAUUGACAUCUUAUGGAAUUCUAGAAUCUACGUUGAUGUACGGUGCGACAUCAUCGCUAAUCUUUAAGUGUCUUGGAGGGCGAUUUAGUUCCGUCUUGCCAAGUAAUCUGCUACAUCCAGGAGCAUUUGCCAGAGAGGGUCUCUCAGCAUCUUUUAACUAUGCAUCCAAUAAACAGAAGAGAUCUUUACGGAUGGUGGGCAAGAAAUACGGAUGUCAUACAUGUGGUAGGCGACGACUUAAGACCAAAGACUUUAUUGCUGACCACCAACCCCCACUAGCGGUAAUCAGAGAAAGAAUGAUGACCAGGAAGACAUGGUAUGAUGUCAUAUUCCGCAGACGGCUACGAGAACUCAAGUUCUACCCACAGUGCAAUACAUGCUCCGAUACCCAAGGGAUGCAUUUAAGGACGGCGUAUCGCCCCGGGUUUAGGGUCUGGAAAUGGAGGCAUAUUGUCACCCAUUCAACAGCCCUGAGAUUAUAUCAUCUAUAUCUACCUCUACCAGUUCUGAUGCCAUACCUCGAGGGUCUGUUUGUAACAUGACGUUUGACAAAGAUUAUUAUUUGUUCAUUUUAAGUAUAACAUUCAGGUAUUUAAAGGCACUGGACACCUUUGGUAAUUGUC